AUAUAUAAAAUACGAUACUUACCUUUACAAUUUAAACUUCCUUAUUCAAAUAUUUCUUUGGGAUUUUAAGUUAAGUGGAUAAAUAUGAAAAUUUCAAAUUAUUUUACUAUUGUGGUAAUAAGUUCAUAUUUAGAGAAUGGUGAACAUAUGAAAGCGGUUGCUUGUGAUACGACUCCUCCAACCCAAGGACCAUGCCACGAGUCGCUCACUGUGAAAACAGGGAGAGCUUGUUAUUAUGGCUCGAAAAACACAUUCGCAAGCAUAUCUUGUUCUUCUGGAUAUACCUUUACUCCAGGAUCUGUUAGUUGCCCUAAACAAAUAUGGAUACCUUCAUCAGCAGCAGAGUGUUCACCAAAAGUUACAACAACAACAACACCAAAUACAACAAUAAUAAUGAUAAAAACAACAACAACAACAGUGUUGUCCACAAUGUCAUCCACUUCGAAGCUAUAUCCAUCUUAUAGUUCCUUGUUUUCUACUGUACAUGAUUCAGCCUCGUUUCAUUCAACAUCGACUUCAGCAACCUCGUCUACUCAUAAGGUGUUGCCGUCUGAGAGUAACUUUGUGUCAACGUACUCAACGGUCACAAGUUCGGAAACACCGUAUUUGACGACAUAUAAAACGAUGUCAAAAACAAAAAUGGAAACAUCAAGCUCCUAUUUUCAAACUAAACCAUCUACAUCCUCUUCAAGACAGGCUGUAAUAAGUUCAAGUAUAAUAACAGCUUCUCCGACCAUGGUACCAUCAGAUCCUGCGGCAUCAGAGCAAGCAAAAGACUCAGAUAUAAUCUCUGCAUACAUCAUUACUCCAGUGGUAGUUUGUGUUCUUGCACUAGUAUUAGGCGUUGCUUUCUUAUGGUGGAGACGAAGGACUCGUAAGCCUGCAGCUUCAUUUGAAACACGUGGACCUGGCUCAUUAAUAGCAAACCAAAUUUACGGAGCGAAUGGCAUAGAUAGAAAUUGUUCUUUAAUAAAUGUGCGUCAAUCAAGAGUGCAUGAGUACGCAGAAAUACCUUUAGACAUAAUGAAUUCAGAUGGAACCAAAGGAGAUAAUUAUGAAACAAUUGAUAUUCUACCCGAAGACAAAGCUGGCGUGAAGAAAUCGUAUGAUAACUUAAAACUAUCAGAGACAGAGUUUAUUGAUACAAACUACUCUCAUAUCGGUUUAAACAAUACGCAAAAUAAUAAUCAUGCUGAUAAUACAUACUCUCAUACACAUUUGGAGAAUGUGACACAGAAACCUGAAAUAACCGUUGGUGGUGAUGAUACGUACAACAAGUUAAACACUACAACAUUAACUAACAGUAGGGGUAAACAUAUAGAAGACACAGACACGGAAUACAACCAUGCUCAAGCUGGAGGGCAGGACCCUGAAAUCGAAGCUGAUAAUUAUUCUCAUCUGAACACAAAUAUACAAACACCAGGAAUGUCUACGACCAAAAUGUCACACCAACAAAAUGAAGAUAAUAUAAAGAAUAGAAACUUUCGACAGCUAUCUGCUAAGGAUCUUCAAUCAAAUACAGGCUAUGAAUUCGCGAAAGAUUUUGAUAAUAGUGAAAUAAAAAUGCCCAAACAGGAUGAUGCAAGAAAAAACAAGAAUAGCAACAAUUACGCUCAAGACCUUAAAUCAAAUACAGGCUAUGAGUUCGCGAAAGAUUUUGAUUAUCUGCAAAAUAGAAGUGAAGCACCCGAGUACGCAAAGGUUACAAAAAACAAACCUGAUGUGAGCAACGCUGAUAAUGCAGGUAAAGGUUCCGAAACAUCUGUCGGUACAAAACAUAACUAUUUUCUUUUAGAACCAGAGCAAAAUCAAGCACCAACUACUGCAUUAUUUAAUGUGGUUGAAGACGUGUCCACGGAGACUGACGAAAUGCCCGAGGCAGAAACGGGGCAUGAAUAUUUCACAUUAGAAAAACAAGAUAUGUUAUCGAUUCACGGUGGGAAAUACGUCAUAUGAUAUUCAAUGUUCCUAAUAUGCACACAUGUAGAUAAAAAUUUAGACUUUAUUUCGCCCAGAAAAAAUCAGAUAUCAUAUAUAAUUAAGAAUAUAUAUGCCAUUCUAUAGUGCAUUUUGGAAGGCAACAAGAGGCUUUCAAAAUGGAAAUGCGGAAUGUUAUAAUUAUCAGCGAAUGUACAAAAAAAAAGAUUUUAAGUGGUGAUAUAUUGUAAUAUUGUGAUGAUCAAAUAGUUAUGAAACAAUUAAAUUACCUAAGAUGUUCAAUGUCAUACACACAUGACUGACUUAAAAGUGCCUAUUGUCAUAGAUAGAGGAUGAAUAUUCCUAUUUUAAUGGGUGAUUCUUAAUGUGAUUCUCAUGGUAGUAACAUAACCUUUCACAUCUUUAGUUUAAUUGAAGAUUGUUUUUACUAUAUAAAUACUGUCUGAAUAUAACAAUUAUUUCUAGAUUAGAUUGUGCCAUUUGUUAGUCUGCUAAUUACUUCUUAUCAUAUGCGAAAACAUAAAUCGUAAUGCUUUUAUUUCUAUCAUAAUCAUAAGUAAUAUCUGCUUGCGUUUAAUAUAAAACCCAAUAAUAUUUUCAGAACAUUUGACCAUUCUAUUUGUUGUUAAUU